CCCCUGCCUCUCUCUAUCUCAGAGUCUCACAAAAAAGAAAAAAAAAAAACUUUUAGCUGCCCUGCUCUCACCUCCUCAUUCUGCUGCAAAAUCUCUCUCAUAUUCGCACAACACCAACCUCAUCAAAUAUCAUCAACACCCCAAUUGGUAUUUCGUAUUUCUUCGUCAAGGGCUCGCUCUCUCUUCCACUCCUCUGCUCCAUAUUCAGAGAUUUUGGGAUGGGUUACUUGCACUUAAAUGCUUUUGGUAUCCGAUUCUGCUUUUUCUAGUUCAAUCCGAUUAGCUUUUGAAAUCAAACCCAGAUUCCAAAAUUCCUUCUUUUUUUUAUCCUCUCUCACAAGAAAUAUAUAUUCUUUGACCAGAUUUGGAUCCGCGCAUUGAAUUUUCCUUGCUUUUUUUUUGGAUUUGGGAUAUCUAUUCAUUUGAUUCGAAUAUAAAAAAAUGCUCUUCUGAUACCUAUUUGCUUUAGUGACCCAUCUCAAAUUCUCUUCAAUCGGUUUGUAAUAGAAUUAUCACCGGGUUUUAUUUAUUGGGAGCUUGAGAGAGCGAGUAGUAUCCGAUGGCUGCAGCUAAGAAUAGUGGGAAAUCCAAGAAGGGUGUUGAUGAAUCACAUAAUAUGAUACAAAAUUGGGAUAUUGACAAAGGCAAGGAUCAUGAUUUUGGCACCGAGAGGCGGCAAUGGAAGCCGUUUUUUGAUGAAGCUUCCGUGUCCAAUAGGCCUCUCAAGAAGAUCCGAAGCCCUGAACGUCAAGACCCAAUUCAGUCCUCUGCUCCUUUUGCUCACCAAACACCUCCUUUCUCAAUUCCUAGCCCUCUAACUCCUUCUACACCUUCUUCAAGAAUUGUGUUUCCUUUUGCUUUUGAUGGUUCUCAACAAUCUUUUCCAUUUACUCAACAAUAUGGAACCACAACUUUGCCUAUGUACCGUCCACCGCUGCAGGUACCACAAAUUAAUCAGCAGCAGAUGAUUUCUUUUGGUGCAAACCAACAACUACAACAGCAACAACAUAGCAAUGCUUAUCCACCACCAUUAUUGGGCGGAGACAUGGCCUUAAUACAACAACAGCAACAGCAGCAGGUUCUUCAGUAUUGGAGUGAUGCACUGAAUUUAAGUCCAAGGGGAAGGAUGAUGAUGAUGAAUAGGCUGGGACCUGAUGGUCGGCCAUUGUUUAGGCCUCCGGUUCAGCCUAUAAAUACUACAAAGCUUUACAGGGGAGUGAGGCAACGACAUUGGGGCAAAUGGGUGGCUGAAAUCCGUCUCCCUCGCAAUAGGACUCGCCUUUGGCUAGGCACCUUUGACACAGCUGAAGACGCUGCCAUGGCAUAUGAUCGCGAGGCCUUCAAGUUGAGAGGGGAGAAUGCUAGGCUCAAUUUCCCUGAGCUUUUUCUCAAUAAGGAUAAAGCAGUUUCCACAGCUCCUAGUUCAACUACCUCUUCUCCCCCAACUCCACAUGAAAGUUCAAGGCCAAGUCGGUACUCAAAGAAACCUGAACAAGCUCCAGAAGUGUUUAAUUUGCAGGAUUUAAAUAUGGAAACUAUGCCACCACCACCAACGCUGCUGCCACUGCCACAGACUCAAGAAGAUAAUCCUGAUAGUGAUUCGGGAUUGGGGUCGAGUGAGGCUAUGACGAGCGACGAAGUUCAGGCUAUUGCAGGGGAUGGUGAUGCAGGGGAAGGUGUUUCACAGUCACAGGAACUGGUUUGGGGAGAAAUGCAAGAUGCCUGGUACAAUGCAAUUGCAUCAGGUUGGGGGCCUGGUAGUCCUGUAUGGGAUGAUUUGGAUACCACCAAUAAUCUUCUGCUGCAGUCACAACUUCCCUUUGGCAAUCCAACUCAGCAGGAAUUCAAUGACUCUAAUCUUCAAAGGCAGCAAGAGAACUUAGGCUCAGCCUGCUCCUCCUCCUUACCAUCUUGUCCUAUGAAACCCUUCUUCUGGAAGGAUCAAGAUUGAAAGGUCAUUCGUUGGAUUUGACUUUGCAAUUGGUCCUUCCAAUCCCCCCUCCCCCUCUUCUCUUUCCAAAACAACCAAAACGUUUUUCACUCUAGGUUCAAGAAGAAGUUUCCAAUAACCCCUCAAAAUCAUUUUUACACUUUCCAAUUUGCGUAUUAGGAGAGUUUACAUUUCCUUGUCACUGGUUGCACAUUUUUCACAAACAACCUGUGAUUCCAUUUGGAGCUUUCAUGAGUUUAUUAGGAUCUUUGAAGCUUCAUACUUCAAACUCUCUUUUGCUUUGACUUCUUCUGAACUUAUAAACACUUCCCAGCCCCAAUUAUUCCUUAGAUUCUCCUCCAUUCCAUCUGCUACAAAAGGCUGCAUAUUACAAGACCUUUCAGCGGUGGAAGUCUUAUUCCUUGUGGACCAUGCCUUUUGCUCCUAGUUAUAGUAGUAUCAUGUAUGUCUUUAGACUAUAGGUAGUGUCAUUAUGUGUCUACAAGAACCUCUUAGCUUUUGAUGCUGUUAUGGACAUGCAGUAGUUGGAGUUGAUCAUUUGCAGGACCAGCACAGGAGGAGACGGUUUUGUGAUCUCCUUCAAUGGUCCGUCCGUCCGUUAAGAGCCUUGUUUUUCAGCUCUCAUGAUGGAAGCAAUUUGUGAUUUUGUACAUUGUGCAGUUUUCUUUAUGGUACCAUUGUAAUGUUAUCCCUUUUUUUUCAGUUGUAGUUGUAAUGAUAGAUCAAGCAAUGGGCAGCAUUCUUAUUUUUAUUA